CUUAGUCUUGGUACAUAAUCAUAGCGAGAGACUGAGCCAUUGGGCCACUGAUUAUGCCACCCACACUUCGACCGUUGACGUACAGCCAAGUCUUCGUCAUCAAAUGGGGAGUGCUUCGUCGGACGACGAUUUUGAUCGGCGGAGUGACCGUUUCGAGAGUUACAGUCUGAGUGCGGACGUCAGCGAAUCGGAGAGUUCGAGUUCGAGGACCUUCUCCUAUGAUCCUCUGGCUGCUUCGACUUCUCUGUCUUCUUCUUCGCUGGGUGGACCGGCAUUCGAAUUGCCGUCCGACUUUCCAGCGCCACCUCCGAUUAUGUUGCCGGUUGUUGGUGGAAGACACGUAUUCAUUCCGCCGGAGAAAAAUCAGAAACGGGAAACAACUGAGCUAUCUGAAGUUGAAUUGAUGAAGGAACGGUUCGCUAAGCUUCUGCUUGGAGAAGAUAUGUCUGGUGGGGGGAAGGGAGUUUGUACUGCUCUUGCCAUUUCAAAUGCCAUUACAAAUCUCUCUGCUAGUAUUUUUGGGGAGCUAUGGAAGUUGGAGCCUUUGGCACCACAGAAGAAGUCAAUGUGGCAUCGAGAAAUGGAAUGGCUUCUCUGUGUGAGUGAUUUCAUUGUAGAGCUCAUCCCAUCAAUGCAAGAAAUUCCAGGUGGUGGGACCUUUGAGGUCAUGGUGACCCAACCACGCUCCGAUCUCUACGUGAAUCUUCCGGCACUCAAGAAACUAGAUGCCAUGCUGAUUAGCAUACUCGACAGUUUCUGUGAUUCUGAAUUCUAUUAUGUUGAUCGUGGGAUAGUUGUUGCUGAUGGUGAACAUAUUGAAGGACAUCCUUGGUCUCCUUCCUCUGGGAGGCCAUCUAUUAGGCUUGAAGAGAAGUGGUGGCUACCAUUCCCUAAGGUCCCACCUUGUGGUUUGUCUGAGGAAACGAGGAAGAGAUUGCAAAAGUGUAGGGAAUGCACGAAUCAGAUUUUCAAGGCUGCUGUGGCAAUCAAUAGCAGCAUGCUGUCUGAGAUGGAAGUGCCAAAUUUUUACUUGGAGAGCUUGCCCAAGAGUGUAAAAGCUUGUUUAGGCGAAAUCCUUUACCAGUAUAUAACUGCAGAUCUGUACUCACCUGAGCGUCUCCUUGAUUACUUAGACCUGUCAUCAGAAUACACCACUCUGGAAAUAGCGAACAGGAUUGAGGCUUCUGUGCACAUUUGGCGGCAGAAGUAUUCAAAAAGACAAGAAUAUCAUGCUAAAGCUGGUAGGUCAUCUUGGGCUGGCACGGUCAAGUCCCUUGUUGGUGGCGCUGAGAAGAGUAAAAUUUUAGCACAACGAGCUGAAACCCUCCUUGGGAACUUAAAGCAGCGGUUCCCUGGCCUCCCCCAGACUACUUUGGAUGUGAAUAAGAUUCAGUAUAACAAGGAUGUAGGCCAGUCAAUUCUGGAAAGCUAUUCUAGGGUGAUGGAAAGCUUGGCCUUCAACUUAAUGGCAAGGAUCGAUGAUCUAUUACAUGUAGAUGAUGCAACAAAGCAACGUGCAGCAGCAGAGUCGGUUUCUAUGUGUGGCCAGAGAGGUUUUACAGAAGCAGAUUUCACCUAGUAUGUUGCCAAUACUCUCACCGCGAGUGCCUCUUUGUCAACGGCACCAGAACUCAUCCGCUGCCCGAUAUAUGGAAGCCCUAAGAGGUCUCAUUGAUCAGCUUGUAAAAGCAGUCUUGAAGAUCCAGGGGAGGGAGCUUUAGAUGGACUAACUUUCUCAUACUAUUUGAGAAGUAGGGUGCUAUAUGAGGAAGCUCAGCGAAUAAUAGAUUUCUGCAACACUCCUGAGCUAGCUCCAGCGGCAGAGAACUUAGGUUUGAGUAAUUGCCCUUUUUUAUUUUCGAGUCCCCUGACACAGUAAUUAGUAGCUAAGGUUAGUGGGCACUAUCUGGUUUACUGGUCUUCAAUCAUGAGAGAACGUACGCAAGUUCUGGAUGUCAGUAUGCAUUUAGAGGUACAAACUCUAAACUUACAAGUUAGUCUGCCUUUCUUAUGUUUCUUUCUUUGUGGUUCGAGGGAGUUUGAUGACCAGUGACUAGAGGGGGCUUUGUUUGGAGGUACUGUUGUUUGUAAAUCACCAAAAAAUUAUUUAGUGUCGUCUUUCUUGCAACAAUUUCUUUUGUGCCUAGUUACAUACCUCUCCAGAGCCCUAAUACUCACUCUGAACCAACAAAUUGUAGCAUUUCCUGUAAAAACAUGACUCUAUUUAUUGAAGACCUCUUAGUUUAAG